CUUGACUUGCAAGUUUCUAACUCCAUUUUAAAGUCUGCAAAUUUCUUAUUUAAACAUAAAAAUAAUUUUCUGAUAAAAUGUUUUAAAAAAAAAUUUGUCUUCACGUGAAAAGAUUAAUUUUUACAAUGCUGCUAAGAUAUUUAUUGGUUUUACUGCUACCAGGUAUUUUGGGAUUUAAAAAUAUUCGUAUUGGCGUCAUUUUCGAUGGUGAUCCAAUAAUUGAAGAUAUUUUUAAUAUCUCAGUAAAAAUGGUUAACAGAAAUCGAAAUUCGGAUCAUUUUCUACCAUCGGAGAAAAUAAUAGUUGAAAAACGACUUGUUGAAGUUGAUGAUGUUUAUGGUGCAUCUGAAAAAGUUUGUGAACUCCUAGAUGUAGGAGUAGCUGCAAUUUUUGGACCACAAAGUAAAGCUAGUUCUAGUCAUGUACAAAGCAUGUGUGAUGCCAUGGAAAUUCCACAUGUUUCAACAAAUAUGGAACCUUAUGCAGAAAGACUAAAAGCCAUAAAUAUGCAUCCACAUGUCAAAACACUGUCCUCGGUAUUUUAUCAUCUUAUAAAGGAUUUCAAAUGGAAAACUUAUACUAUUUUAUAUGACAGUGAUGACAGUUUAAUUCGCAUGACACCACUUCUUACAUAUUAUGGAACUUCUGGUUAUACAGUUACUGUUCGUCGUUUAAAUGGUGAAAAUUAUAGGCCAGUACUGAAAGAUGUUAAGAAAUCAGUGGAGCAUAAUAUUAUUUUAGAUUGUGAUAUAAAAAUUUUGCUUGAAGUGCUAACACAAGCUCAACAAGUUGGUUUAGUGGCGGAUAAAUACAAUUUUAUCGUUUGCACUUUGGACUUACAUACACUAGACAUUGAGCCUUUUCAAUAUUCUGGAAUGAACUUCACGGCAGUUCGUCUCAUUGAUCCCGAUGAUUACAUGACUAGAAGAAUUAUAGAAGAUUUUUUUCAACCAAAAGGAAUAACGACUGCAAGUCAAUUAACAUUAGAGCAAGCAUUAAUGUUUGAUGGGAUUCAACUUUUUGCACGAGCUUUUAAGCAACUAAGUGAUGCUGUUAAAAUAAAUAUCAAAAAGUUACCAUGCAACGGUUUGGAGAAUUGGGAACAUGGAAUAAGUCUCAGUAAUUUUAUGAGAGCUUCAGAAAUGCGUGGGCUCACAGGUUUAGUAAAAUUUGACACUUCUGGAUUUCGCAGUGAUUUUCAACUAGAUAUAUUGAAUGUAGGUUGGAAGGGUAUUAAAAAAAUUGGCACUUGGAAUAGUACCACUAACAUUGAUUGGAUACCGGAAUCGAUUUCAUAUGAUCCAUAUGCUGAUUUGAGUCUUAGAAAUAUGACUUUUAGAGUUCUUAUAUCGCUGACAAAACCAUAUGCGAUGCUGAAGGAAUCAUCAAUAAAAAAAAGUGGUAAUGAUCAAUUUGAAGGUUUUGGAAUAGAUGUUAUUCAUGAGCUCAGCAAAGCUUUAGGAUUUAAUUACACAUUUAUACAGCAUGAUCCUGAUUAUGGAAAGUUUGAUAACGCAACUGGCCAGUGGACUGGAAUGCUUAGGAAAAUAAUGGACAAUGAUGCAGAUUUGGCAAUAACAGAUUUAACAAUUACAGCUGAACGUGAAAGUGCAGUAGAUUUUACAAUGCCUUUUAUGAAUCUUGGAAUAAGCAUCCUUUUUACAAAACCGAAAAAGGCUUCUCCAAGUCUGAUGUCUUUCUUGUCACCAUUCUCUAAUGAAGUAUGGCUUUAUGUAAUUGGUGCUUACGUAUUUGUCUCCAUUGAGUUCUUUAUCAUUGGCAGAAUGUGCCCAGAAGAAUGGACAAAUCCUUAUCCUUGUAUUGAAGAACCGGAGAAUCUGUACAAUCAAUUUUCACUUAAAAAUGCUCUAUGGUUUACAGUCGGAGCGAUGAUGCAACAAGGAACUGAACUUGCACCAAUAGGUGUUUCAACAAGAAUGCUAGCAGGUAGUUGGUGGUUUUUUUGUCUUAUUAUCGCCAACUCUUACACAGCUAACUUGGCAGCUUGUCUUACAGCGGAAACAUUAGUGAAACGAAUUGAAAACGUUGAGGACCUAGCUAAUCAAAAUGAAAUAAAAUAUGGUGCAAAAUCUGGAGGAUCGACUAUUUCCUUUUUUGCGAAUUCAGCUAAUCCAACAUACAAAAAAAUGUACAAAUAUAUGACAGAAAAUGCUGCAUCUGUUUUAUUUGAUUCAAAUGAAGAGGGUAGAGACAAAGUACUAAAAGGUGAUUAUGCAUUUUUAAUGGAGUCUGCUUCAAUAGAAUACCUAAGUGAACGAGAAUGUGACCUAACUCAAGUUAAUGGUCUUCUGGACCAAAAAGGCUAUGGCAUAGCUAUGAGAAAAAAUUCGACAUACAGGAAUGAACUGUCGUCUGGUGUUCUUAAAUUACAAGAAAAUGGAAUGCUUGCAUCACUAAAAACGCAAUGGUGGAAACAAAAAAGAGGAGGUGGUAGUUGUGAGAAAGAUGCUAGUACAGGAGCACCAACACCAUUAAAUUUAUCAAACGUAGGUGGAGUUUAUCUAGUAUUGGUAGUUGGUAUUGUUUUCUCAUUUUUCUUAUCAUUGGUUGAAUUAUUGUGGGAAAUAGGCUACAACGCAUUUAAACAUAACGCUUCAAUUAAAGAAGAACUUAUGGACGAAUUUAAAUUUAUUUUGAAAUUCAGUGGUACUACUAAACCGGUUAAAAAUAGAAAAUCAAUAUCGAGUAAAAGUGAAAAGGAUUCACAAGAUUCAACUCCUCCUUAUGGUUUUAUUCCAGCAGUUGUUACUACCGGUCCACGUAACGAAAGUGAAACGUAACAAUAUUUAUGGUUUUUCUACGAAAAAAAUUAAUUAUUAAUAUCGUCAUUGUCAAAGAAAUAUUACUGUUACUCUUUUGGAAUAAUACAAAUAAAUUAGUAGAAAUUUUUCUUGAAUAA